CUUGCAUACUCCUUCUUGCUCUCCAUGCUCACAUAUCCUUGAGAGGCACAGACAGAGAUCAUUUCCCCCAGUUUGAAGACGAAGGUGCACAGCGAAGCGGUCGAAAAGCGUGCACAGGGCGGGUUACCCAGGGGAACGAAAGAACGGAAGGUGCAGCUAGGAGCAACGCGCACAAAGCCACUUUGCGUCUCCCUCGCAAGUCGCCAGCAGCUAUGUCGCACUUCCAGUCUCCGGGUACACAAGCCGGCGCAGGUCCAGGUGGAACUCCUGUUGCCUACAAUCCAUACCUUCGCCAAGCGGGACCAGUACCAGGCAUGAGCGAUGGACCUGGCACGCCGUACAGCGUCGCGUCGCCGCCCAUCGUGCCUUCGAUGAUGCGACCCAGACCCAAAGAUGGCAGCGAGUUAUGCUACCUCGACCGCGGGCCUUCCAACCGCUUGACCCUUUCCCUUAAGUCCGGAAUCGGCUCGCAGGUGGACUGGGCGCUGAACCGUCUGAUCAACGUAUCUUUCGAGUACCCCGACUCGAUCGCGCUUGAGCAGUUCCCAGGACUGGCAGAUGCACUGGUCCAGCUGCCGCGCCGCGUCUGCCACGCCAUGCAUGGCGAACCAGCGCACAUGUGGGACCCGCGUUUCUUCGAGCAGUCCCACUAUGAUGCGCUGCUCAGCUUCGACGGAGGGCGUCACCUUCAGCAGCAGCAGCCUCCACGCAAGCGCGCCCGCAUGCAGCAUCUGCAGGGCACGGAGACGGGAGGGAGGCUCAGCAGCCUCGUCUCGCUCGCAGGCACGACAGGCGACGCGAUCGACGAAGUACCGCCUUCGCUGUCCGCAUUCGACCCAGCGCACGACCCUGAGCAUGCAGCGCUGAUGCGGCGCGCAGUCGAAGCUGCGCUCAUUUUGCGUAACCUGAACGUCUCCAAGGAUCUAUGGGAGCGCAACUCGCGUAGCCUGCUUGCCGUCAAGGGAUUCGCGACCCUCAUCAAGGACAUUCUCGAGCUUCCAGACAUCAUCCUCACUGUUCCAUCAUCGAGCGUUCCGAGCGCCGGGAAGAGAGUGCAAGUGAAAGUGGGCGCACUGCAAGAGGAGCUGGAAGGGUGGCUGGAGCUGGAAGGGAUCAACGAGCUGAGACUCUACUUUCUCGACCUAUUGGAGUGCAUCGCGUCCAAAAUCAUUGUCACGCGUCGUGCGCCAUUUGAAGUCUCCGCUUCUGGAGAGCUCAUCGAUCUUGCCGGCACCGAGGCCUAUUCGGACACACAGCCGAAUGGGCGGCCCGCCAAGCCGGGCAAUGGCAUCUUCCUGCGUCUGUUGCACUUUGCGAACCACUCACGCGAUCGUGCGCUGCUUCUCGGCUCGUUGCGCUGCCUUGGAGUGAUCGCAGCGAACGAGCGCAACGAAGCUGCCUUCGUCGAGCUCGAGACAACCGAGGGUAACCUGUCGCCUGGCCUGCUGAGACGAUGCGUGGAGCUGCUGUGCGUAACGUACGACAACGAUCUGCUCGAAGCGGCAUUAGAGCUGCUCUAUCAGCUCGUAAGCGUCGGCAACAACGGCCUCCGACUCGCUUGUCGCUCCAUCACCAACGUCACCACGGCAGCAAUCGAUGCCGCACGCAUGUCGGCUUCUGCAAUGACGUCUGCUUCCACGUCGGCAUCUGCUAUGCCGGCAACGGGCGCUACCGGGACCAACGCCACCAGCAACCAUGCAUCCACCGCAUCCGGCGUCUCGGCCAUCGUGCGCCUACUCGUGCGCGACCUGUCGAUCAAUAAGACCGUCUGGGAGCGCGACCAUGCACUGGCAUCCAACUCGCAGGCAUGGGCACGCGAAGUACCAAGCCGGCUGCGUGCCGACGCGCUGGCCAAGAUCGCAGCCGCCGAGCAGAGGCACCGCGCCAAGGCGCGUAGGAGCAGACUCACCGCCGAGGAGAGCAUCGCGGAAAAGAGGCUUACGGCGAGAGAGAGGCAGCGAUUGAUGGGCAUGAAGGAGCCGGAGAGGAGUGUGGAGUGGAUGAAGAUGGUUUUCGAAGCCGAAGAUGGGGGUGAAGUCACGCAGAUCGAAUUCUGGAACGCUUACAAGGAGGAGAUGGCGACGCUCAUCGAGCUCGGCGAGGUGCCCAUGCAGCCGGCGGGGGACCUGAUCCGGCAAGUCUCGCAAGUCUUCCCGAAGUCGCAAGCGAUGGUCCUGCCGCCCGUCGGCGGCAUGUCACAGCGUUUCGUCAUACGAGGUGUCGAGGUGCGCGAUCGCAGCAGACGCACGGAGACCAACUGCAAGUGGACCACAUGCCGCGCACCAGAGACGACGAGCAUCGCCGCGGCGAACGCGCAUGCGGUUGCGCAUGCCAAGCUCGCGACCGACGGCCGGUGUCGCUGGUUGAGUUGCACGCACGUCGAGUCGCGGCGCACGAUUGGGACGGGGGCAGAGCAGCAGCAGCAGCGUCGGGCGCUUGUCGAGCAUGUGCAGACGCACCUCCGGACGCCGCCGCCCAAAGAAGAUGUAAACGAGAGCGAAAGUGCCCCUCGACAACAGAAACGACGCCUGCCCCCAGCGCACGAAGUGGUGGCUCACGAUGACGACGGCGUCCCCGUACUGGAUGCGCCGCUGACGCUACCUCGCCCAGCGCGAAGCGGCAUCGAAGUCGAAGCGGUGGUGAUGCGCAACGGAGCACGUGUGCUACGCGGCAAAGACGGCGCGCUGGACAUGGCCGGCGCGCACGUACGGCCGAUCGCGAACCUCCGCCCUGUGCAGCCGGAUCGACGCACGCUGGACGAGCCCGGCGUGCUCACAUUUACUGUCGCACGAACACCUAUGGACCCUCAGGCCGCCGCUGUCGGCACAGGAAGCGCGGCAGCGGCUGCGCUCGUGCUGCGCUCAUUGGCACGCACCGCUGCCACGACGCUCGAUCGCGCGGGCGUGCGGUCGAGCAAGGGCAAUAGCAUUAAUGGCAGCGAGGAUGGCAAGGGCGACGCCAGCGGUGAAGAAGGGGACCCCAGUCAGAAAGACGGCGCCAGAGGCGCGGGUGAUGAGCGCUUCGGUUUGCCUAUUCCGCCGACGGACGCCGAGGUCGGCAAUCAGGCUGCCGCGGCCGGUUCCGCUGAGGCAAGCAUGCAGCGGCGCGAGAAUGGGGUGGCAGCGGGAGGCGUAGCGGCUGACAACAGGGGACCCGGCGACGGCGCAGGUGAGCGGCACGCGGCGAAAAGCGCAGCUGCUUCCACUGAAGAUCAUUCUGGCGCAGGCGAAGGCUCGGGCACCGGCAUGAUGGUCGGCGUGGGCGGCGCAGAGAGCAGGAUCGGGCCCGUGGAGGACUGGGCGGUGCAAGCUGCGCUGCGGCUGAUCGACGCACUGGUCGCCGUCGAGGACGAUCUGGUGUUUAGCUCGGCGGAGAACGAUGUGCUGUGCAAGACGAUCAACGACACAUUGCUCGAACUGCGGCCCGAGCGCGUGCCGAGCGUUCUUUCGCGGCCGUCGAUGCAAGAGGAUCAGCAGCAGCACGAUGGUCAACUCGGUCAGCAGGGUGGUGCUCAGCAGAUGGAGAUUGAUCCAGCGAUGUAGAGUAGCAGAAGCAUUUCUACUCCAUUCCCGCUUAUCAUUCGAUAAGAAAGGGGACGACAAGCUUGGCAUUGUGGAAACACCUAGAGGCAUGUACCAAUCAUUUGAUCAAGGGCGUGCUUACACUGUGCUCUGCUCUGCCACGCCAGCGUCGCUAUACAAAGAAAUCUCCUGCGACAACAAGACCUCUCUCCACUCGAGGGUCCUUGGC